AUGUGGAAUGACUUGGCCAUUUUCAUUGAAAAAAGCAACCACAAAGGAUAUAUAGACCUGGAGGAUAAACGGUCAAAAUUGAAGAAGUCUAGUGAUAAGGUUUUAUCAGAGUGCAAUAUUCCAAAGAAGAUGAAACUGAAGUUUACUAAAGCAUGGAUAUCAUUUCUCCAAUUGCCACUUCCUCUUGAUGUAUACAAGGAGGUUCUUGUUACACUUCAUCAGAAAGUCAUUCCUCACCUCUCUAAGCCAAUCAUGCUAUGUCGUCGCCACUGCGAUGACGCCGUGCUCAUAGAUCUGUGCGCUAUACUCGUCACUGUAGCCACUGUGACUUCAUUAUUCUUUCCUCCGAUCUUUUGUGACCUGUUUUGGGUGUUGGCGGUGAGGUGCUGGUGGUGA